CAUCCGAGGCCGUUCGAGAGCCCACAGGGCUCUCCGGGUCUGACAUUUAUCGGUGAGACAGCAGGGCUUUGGCGUCAGGGCCCCUGCGUAGGAGAUAAAGUCUGAGGAGGUGAACGAACCUCCCGAACACGCCCGUCCGGGUGAUAGCGGAACGUACGGUGAGGGGGGCGUCUGUGUUCUUGCCGCGGUGCUCCUUCCAACUCCAGCUGGCAGGGAAACUGUCUUCCUCUCUAAGAUGUACAGAACCAAAGUGGGCUUGAAGGACCGUCAGCAGCUCUACAAGCUGAUCAUCAGCCAGCUGCUCUAUGAUGGCUACAUCAGCAUUGCUAACGGCCUCAUCAAUGAAAUCAAGCCUCAGUCUGUCUGUGCACCCUCAGAGCAGCUCCUGCAUCUCAUCAAACUAGGAAUGGAAAAUGAUGACACUGCCGUUCAGUAUGCAAUUGGUCGGUCAGAUACAGUCGCCCCUGGCACAGGAAUUGACCUGGAGUUUGAUGCGGACGUCCAGACUAUGUCCCCAGAGGCCUCAGAGUACGAAACAUGCUAUGUCACAUCCCAUAAAGGACCAUGUCGUGUAGCUACCUAUAGUAGAGAUGGGCAGUUAAUAGCUACUGGAUCUGCUGAUGCUUCCAUAAAAAUACUUGACACGGAAAGAAUGUUGGCCAAAAGUGCCAUGCCAAUAGAGGUCAUGAUGAACGAGACCGCACAGCAGAAUAUGGAAAACCACCCAGUGAUCCGAACUCUUUACGACCACGUGGAUGAAGUCACAUGUCUCGCCUUCCACCCAACAGAACAGAUCCUUGCUUCUGGCUCAAGGGAUUACACUCUUAAAUUAUUCGAUUAUUCCAAACCAUCUGCAAAAAGAGCCUUCAAAUACAUUCAGGAAGCUGAAAUGUUACGUUCCAUCUCUUUCCAUCCCUCCGGAGACUUUAUACUUGUUGGCACUCAGCAUCCUACUCUUCGGCUUUAUGACAUCAACACCUUUCAGUGUUUCGUCUCUUGCAAUCCUCAAGAUCAACACACCGAUGCUAUAUGUUCCGUUAAUUACAAUCCUAGCGCCAAUAUGUACGUGACUGGUAGCAAGGACGGCUGCAUCAAAUUAUGGGAUGGCGUUUCAAAUCGAUGCAUCACAACUUUCGAGAAAGCACAUGACGGUGCUGAAGUUUGUUCUGCCAUUUUUUCUAAAAAUUCUAAAUACAUCCUGUCAAGCGGAAAAGACUCUGUAGCUAAACUUUGGGAAAUAUCAACGGGACGAACGCUGGUCAGAUACACAGGCGCUGGCUUGAGCGGACGGCAGGUGCACCGGACGCAGGCCGUGUUCAACCACACGGAGGACUACGUGCUGCUGCCAGACGAAAGGACCAUCAGCCUCUGCUGCUGGGACUCGCGGACGGCCGAGCGCCGGAACCUGCUCUCCCUGGGCCACAACAACAUCGUGCGCUGCAUCGUGCACUCGCCCACCAACCCCGGCUUCAUGACCUGCAGCGACGACUUCCGGGCGCGGUUUUGGUACCGGAGGUCGACCACGGACUAGGGCCACCUGAGCUGCCCGCGUUAGCAGGGCCUUCCCUGAGGCCUCUGCCCCUCCUUCCCCGGGCCCAUCACCAGCUCAGUAGUAAGUCGUUGUACCAUCUUCGGCGGUUGUGCCGCCACCUGUACGUGCGUCUGGAAUUUGUACAAAAGAAUCUUUUUUUACCUUGAUGGAGAAUCAUGGUGGAAAAAGUUGGAAACAGAUCUGUGCAGUUGUUCUGCAUUCACUGAUUAUUCCAGUGUGAUUUUCAUCAGUUUUGUAAAUACAGGACUAGCCGUUUCUCUUGACUCUCUUGAUCAUUUGAAGAAGGAUAGGGUAUUAAAGUGUGUACUAGACUCAAGUGGAUCUGCCAUGAGGACUUGUCAUUGGGAUAAUUUGUCAACUUUCCUGCCUGUUCUACAUCCCCUUUGUGUGCUUCCUUUCAAAAUACAUCUGGGCAGAUAAGUAGGCAUAUGCAGCUCUGAGAAUCAAGAGUUUUGUGCCACAUUAAAACCGCUUUAGAAAAAUCCAUCAAUUCUACCUUAAAAUUCUGACCGUGUUCUGACACAUUCUGAUAAUAAAGCUCAGAUCCGCAACGUCA